AUGUCAAAUACCGAAAAAGGCUCUUGCUGCAAGGGAAAUGAACUCCCAGGCGAACCACGAACAUUGAAGAGUCGAGUCCUUGAAAGCGGAGCGUCGAUGAUCCAAGACUUCAGGCCCGUAAAACAAAUCUGCGCACAUCUUCAUGCAUUCCACUUCUACGCCAGCGACCCAACCCGAUGCGUCGAGGCUAAUCACUAUUGCACCCAUUUAACAGAGGAUAUCCGCCAAUGCCUGAUCUACGACUCACCCGAGACCAACGCCCGCCUUAUCGGCGUGGAAUACAUGGUCUCGCCGCGGAUUUUCGCGACUCUUCCCGCCGAAGAGCGUAAGCUCUGGCACACGCACGAGUUCGAGGUUAAGAGUGGCAUGUUGAUCAUGCCAGCACCGGCUGGGGUACCCGAUGCGGUAUGGGAAGCUGCGGAGACGGCAGAGAUGCAGGAUGUUGCGCCUAUCUAUGGCAAGACGUAUCAUUUCUGGCAGGUUGAUCGUGGAGACCCUGUGCCUAUGGGGGAGCCGCAGUUGAUGGGCAGCUUUGUAUCGAAUGAGAGUGUGAAGGUUGCGCAUCCUGCAGGUUUGGAUUCGUUGUUGGAGGAUCGGAAUAAGAGGUUUGGGGUGGAUCAUCGGCAGAAGGCGAAGAAGAGGGAGGGUAUUGAGCCGGUUGAGAAGCAUCCUGUAGCGGGUUUCAACCCGCGCACAAUUGGGCGACUCGCACUCAAUGGCACUAGCACCUUCUGCGCCUGCGCGCUGAUUUGGGAGCACCUGAUAACCAUCCAGCUGAGCGAGGGCCCGUCGAUGUACCCUACUUUCGACGUGCGAGGCGACUGGCUCCUGAUAUCGCGCAUGCACCGCAAUGGAAAAGGAAUCGAGGUCGGAGAUGUUGUGCGAUACGGUCAUCCCAACUUUCAAGGCGUGCAUGUGGCCAAGCGGGUAGUGGGCAUGCCUGGGGAUUUUGUCUGUCAAGACAAGCCGCUUAGUACGGAUAUUGGCAAGGAGGGGAAUAUGAUUCAGAUUCCCGAGGGUCACGUCUUUCUAGCCGGCGACAAUCUUCCCUGGUCUAGGGAUUCGAGAAAUUACGGUCCAGUGCCUAUGGGUCUCAUUAAUGGGAAGAUCAUUGCCAGAGUAUGGCCUCUGUCGAAGAUGGAGUGGGUGACCAAUCCGCUGCAACCGGCGCAACUGGAGGCCCAGAACAUUUGA